CCACCAAUCAUUCAAGCAAGCCGGCCCACCACCACCAAAUACAACAGGACGUAUCCAUCAUUGACGUUAUUGAAAUGGAAUUACAAAGUUUUUGAUAACGUUUCCUGUACAGACAAACUUAAAAAUCAGGGGAGAGAAGGCCAACAAGAAGAGGAGGAGGAAGGAAACAAGAAAAAGAAAUUGAUAAACCCCCUCUUCUUGGGUUCUACAAUCUACAAUGGGUGGUUUGUUCUCCAAACAAGUCGAACGUAGAAAGGCCAUCUCAACGGAGAAGAAAACCCUGACUGACCUCAACCAAAAUGGAGGAUCCGACUUCCCGGGCUCCGACUACCAUCCCCCCGACAGGAAAAACUGGAUGUCCGCCCUCAACCCUGACGUACUCCGCAUUAACCAGAUUGUAUGGCCCGGCACCCACGAUUCUGCUACCAACAAAAUUGGAUUCCCUCUCGUGACCCGACCCUUCGCGCAAUGUCAAUCCCUCUCAAUCUACCAGCAGCUCAAAAUUGGUGCCCGGGUUCUCGACAUCCGAGUACAAGAAAAUAGUCGCGUCUGCCACGGUAUCCUCCUUAGUUACAGCGUUGAUGUCGUGAUCAACGACGUGAAGAAAUUUCUCCAGGAGACACAGUCCGAGAUCAUAAUUUUAGAAAUCCGAACCGAGUACGGGCACGAUGACCCACCCGAUUUCGACAAGUACUUGGAAGAUCAACUCGGGGAGUUUCUGAUCCACCAGGACGAUCAUGUAUUCAACAAAACAAUAUCGGAGUUGCUGCCGAAGCGAGUCAUUUGCGUGUGGAAGCCGAGGAAAACUCCCCAGCCGAAAGCGGGUGGCCCAUUAUGGAGUUCGGGUUACUUGAAGGACAACUGGAUCGACACUGAUCUGCCGUCGACCAAGUUCGAGAGCAACUUGAAGUAUUUAGGUGAGCAGCCGCCAGUUUCGAGCCGGAAGUACUUUUACCGGGUUGAGAAUACGGUCACGCCGCAGGCGGAUAACCCGAUAGUGUGCGUGAAGCCAGUGACGAAUCGGAUCCACCCGUAUGCGAGGAUGUUUAUAGCUCAGACCUUUGUGCGGGGAAUUGCAGACAGGUUGCAGAUAUUCUCAACGGAUUUCAUUGAUGGGGAUUUUGUGGAUGCAUGCGCUGCUCUGACCAACGCUAGGGUUGAAGGCAAAGCUUGAAACGGAUCCCCAGUUGUUUCAUGCGACUAUUUGUUUUCCACGUAUUGUAAAAAAAGUAUAUACUCCACGUCGGGUCGGGAUCCAUUGUCGGGUUUGAUGAAUACUUGCGUGUGUUGCUUAUUUGCAUAAAUUAAUUUGUGAACUUUAUUUGCAUUUCGUUUGUUCUCAAAUUUUAUAUGUUAUGGAAAGAAGUGUCACAGUUGGAAUAAAUUAUGCAGAUCGAUUAUCUUGUCA